AUGGACCCCAAGAUGGCCUUCCAUAUCAAGGUCUAUGCAUCAUCAGAUCUCCUCAAUCAACCCUGGAUCUCAGAUCUCACACACAUGGUGAACGCCAGCUAUCGCGUCAGCCACACGGUCAAAAUAAAGUUCACUACAACCAAGACGCGACUACACGCCGACUCCGAUCUACCCAAGGAGCUCGGUGCAGACGGAUUCACCGCGGUGGCACUUGUCGGAGAUGGAAAACGUCAAAAGAUCGAGGUGAUCGGGACCGCAAGUAUGAAGAAAUGGAAAGACGACGGCCUUUGGAUGCCUACCACCAAACACGGACAUGAUACAAACUCUGUCGAGAAUGAAGAUGCAGCCAAUAAUGGAUCUGUUGAUCAGAUGCUUCAUCGACAUGCCCAUGCCUGUCCCGGAAAACUACGAGCUAGCUGUUAUCCAAAAUACCGCGGCAGAGGUAUUGCGGGACAUCUUGUGACGGCGUGUGAAGAGCAGAUUUUGCGUCGGCAUCAGGCCAAUGGAAAGGAUUUGUCGUCUCCGUUACGGAUUAUGAUUCGAGUUGCUAAAGAAGAUACUGGUGCCUACUGGUUAAAACAGGGGUUCACUGUUGUUGGUAGCCAAAAGUGCCCUGCUGGCUUCUGGGGUUCGUUGGAGGAGUUUACUAUGUGGGCUAUGAUGCGAGAGUUAUCGACUGUAUAG